UUUAGUUCAGGCUGUGGUAAAACGCACACAGAGCGGUCGAGUUUGUGCACGAGCUCCGAAUCAAACUAAUGGACUUAUAGCCGAAUAACGGAGAGCGAGCGCGCGCAUCUGUGACACCGCCGGAAAGGCUGAUGGAUGGUGCGAGGGACCAGUAUGAGGAACGACUGAAAGAGGUGUUUGAGAGUUUCGAUGGCAGCGGUUUGGGCUCUUUGAGUCCUGAAGAACUGAGUGAUCUCUGUCAGGCCCUUCAGCUUGAGGAAAACGCACUCAACACACUCUUACACACACUGCUGGAUGACCACAUCACUGCUCGGGUUAAUUUUGAGCAGUUUAAGGAUGCGCUGAUCCUUGUUUUAUCAAGCACAAACACAAAUGAUCAGGAGGAGUGUCUUGAACAACCAGAUUCUCCAGAAGUCCAGCCACGCUUUGUAAAGGGCAGUAAACGUUACGGCCGGCGCUCUGCUCCUGAGUUCAUUCACGCACAUACUGAUUCAAACACACAGGCUGAAGAUGAGGAGGAGGAGAAGGAUGAAGAUGCUCAAGAGAGCGAUGACAGGACCGUACCCAGGAAACGAGAGCGCUGGAAUGCUGACAUGAGCAUUUCUGAGGAGUUUGAAGCAGAGGGUCAGCUACACCUCUGGAACCCAGAUGAACCCACAACACCACGGGGCAAUGCUGUGGCGCUCUGUGACCUGGAGGAGCGUCUGCAGAAUGCCUGUCUUCAGCUCUCUCUGCCAGUGAAUGGCAUGGCCACACUCGCACAGCUGCAUAAGCUCUGCCAACACAUUGGGAUUGAGGUGGGUGAGGAUAUAAUACAGUGUGCUGAUGAAAGCCUAAUGGAUGUACAGGAGUUCAUCUCAUGUGUAAUAAACCACAGCAAACCACCCACACCAUCAGCAUCCACACCCUACAGACAAUUAAAGAGAAUCCACUCCACUCAGUUUGAUGAGUCGGGCCGUAGGAUCUCAUGCGCUUUAAGCAGUACAAUCGCUCUACGGGUGUUUUCUGAUUUGGAUGAUGGAUCGGGACACGCUCCUGUGGAAACUCUGCUGUACAGGUGGAUGGAAGAAGGAGUGGACAACAGCUCAGAGAUCCUGCAGGCUCUGGAUUUUAAUCUGGAAGGUAAAGUGAAUCUGUCGGAGCUCACCGUUGCUCUAGAAAAUGAGCUGCUGAGCACUAAGAACUCAAUCCACCAGGCGGCGCUACUGAGCUUCAAGGCAGAAAUCAGACAUCUGCUUGAGUGUGUUGACCUGGAAAGGCGUGAGAAGGAGAGAAUUCGCUUUGAUCUGGACACGGCAGAGAAACUGAAAUCGGAGCUGGCAUCUGAAGUGGACGACCAUCAUGCUGCUAUAGAGCGCAACAAUGAACUCAACCUUCGGAGGUUGGAGCAGGAGUAUAAAGAGAGUAUGACUGCUCUGAGGACAGAGCUCAGUAAAGAGGUGGAGCUUGUGCAGCAGCAGGCCAAUCAACAACGAGAAGAGCUUGAACAAGAAAUUAGCAAGAUGAGAGAUGAUGAAACCUUCCUACGAGAACACCUAACGCUUGCCAUUAAAGAAAAUGGUCGUCUGGAGUCAGAGCUUAUUGAGACCACAGAGAAACUGGUGGAGGCUGAAAACCAGUUGAACAAAGUACAGAAAAACCUGGACGGUGUUUUGAAAGAGAAGUUUGGUGAUUUGGAUCCAGACAGUGCAGAGUUUUAUCAGCAGGAGGAUCGUCUGAGACAGCUGCGCAGGAGCUAUGAGGAGCAGUGCAGGGAGCUACAGGACCGUAUAGAUGAGCUGGAAGCCCAGCUGGAGGAAUAUCAGACUUCAGGCCACACACCCUUGAGACGUCCCGGACUGAGUCUGUCUGAUGAAAUGGCCAGCAAGAGUCAAGAGCCAGCUUUUCAGGAGCAGCAGCCAUUAAACAUGAGUCUAGAGACGGAGAUGUUACUGGAACAACAUCAGCGAGAGAUGGAAAACAUUAGAGCACUGGUUGAUGAAGAAAAACGCAGCGCAGAGGAGGAGAAGAGUCUUCUCUCUCUCAAUCACCAACAGGAGUUGCAGGUCUUGAGGGAGGAGAUGGCAAGAGAACUCGAGAGAGCCAACAAACUGGAGCAGGAGAUUACUGCUCUCCAAACUCUCCACCAGCAAGAGCUUCACUCUCUCACACAGGAGGCGCAGGACGCCAAAACCUGUGUCGAACAACUUCAGGCGAAGGUGCAAGUGCUAGAGGAGAAACGGACUGCUUAUGAGGAGCAAAGUGAAGUGCAUGCUGAGGAGAUGAGUUUGAUGGAAUUAAAACACCAGGAGAUGCUAGAGACAAGCAUGCAGGAGCAGAGAGAGAGACUGGAAGAAGAGAAAGAAAAGAGGCUCACAGAGCAGUGGAAGGAACAGCAGAAGAGCUAUGAGGAAAUGCUAAAUGCACAGCUAGAGGAGAUGCAGCAGAGAACAGAACAGGAGUGUGUUGAGCUGGAAAAGAGGCUGAGGGAGGAGUGGGAACAGGACAAGAAGGAGUUAGAGGAGAGCAGUAGGGAGAAAUUAAACUCAAUACUGGAGGAGAGAGAGCGGGGACUUAGGGAGGAGUGGGAACGGGAGAGACAGGAGCUGGAGGAGAUCAGUAAGAAGGCACUGCAGGCUGUUCUGGAGGAGCGUUUGGAGAAAGAGACGCGGCACAGGCAGCAAUGGGAUGAGGAGCGGGCUUCAUUGGAGAACAAACAUCAUGCUCUGCUCCUACAGCGUUUACAGGAGGAGAGAGAGCACUUCCGCACACAGCAGGAGGAGACCGAGAGCAUUAUUAUUGAGCACUGGGGGAGAGAGAGGGCUCAACUGGAGAGGCAGCACGAGGAGGCGCUCCAGGCCUGUUUGGAACGGGAGCGUGAGAGACUACAGAUGGAUCGAGAGGAGCUGGAGAGCAGGUGGCAGCAGGUUUUGAUUGAAGAGCGGAGUCGGAUGGAGGAGGCACACAGGGAGGCGAUGCUGGAGCUGACUGGCAAACACAAUGAGGAGAGGGAAAGACUCAGUAGCCUUUUGGAGAAACUACGCACAGACAUUGCAGAACAAAGGAGUGAAGUUUGUCGUCUGGCUAAAGAAAACUUCAUUCUAAGACACAAGAUCUCAACAGUGAGAGAGGAGGACCUGAGAGAGAACCAGGAUGAUGUGCGAUUACAGCACAUCAAACAAGGGAAGAGAUCAGUUCAAGCACUCCGAAGACAGCUCUCAGAGCCUCGCCGUCUGGGACAGCAGCUGGAGGAGGAGAACUUUAUUCUACAGCAAAAUUCAGAUCAUGUGCUUCGACAUGCACUCCAGGAAGUGAUUCGACAGCACGACAGCUCUGCCAAUGGGAAGAAUGGGUUGUGUGAUCGGGAGGAGAUUUCUUCCAGGACAGAAAAGGAACUGCUUAGAUCAGAACUCAAUCGGUGCAUAGAAAAGAUCAUGUCACUGGACUCCUCUUUACAGACGGUCACACAGCAAAACGCUCGUCUCAAAUCUGACCUGCGCAUCACACAACAAGAAAGAGAUGCCCUCAAACAGGAAGUGAUGUCCUUGCACAAACAAUUGCAGUCUGCCAAUGAGAAGCUGCUGGAGGUCUCUGUUGUGUCUGCUGGUCAUCAGCAGGGUAGGCGUGUAUGGGCGGAGCUAUCAGGGCUGAUGGAGGCGGAGCAUCACUCGCUAACAGAAGAGAACCAGCAACUUAAACGACAGAUGAAUGAAUUGAGCUCAGAGCUGCAGACGUCAAAGGAACAGAUCCGCCAUCUGGAGGCUUUGAGCGCGAAACAGCGAGGAAUUGUGAAAAAUGCAGAUCAAGAAAAAUCUGCCCUAAAGCGUGAAAUGGAGGCUCUGCACUCACAGCUGCUGUCAACACGGAACAAGGCUCAGCUGGCUGCCAUUCUGCCCUCAUCUCCUCUACAUUUGGCAGGAGAACAGAGAGGAUCACAUCACAGUGAUGGCCCAGACUUCAACAUACAGGAGCGGGAGGCGGCGCUGUUACAGAUGGAGGAGAGAAUGAGGGAAGUGGAGAUCACACUGCGAAACCUCAAACUGUUACUACAGGAGAAAGUGUCUCAGCUGAAAGAACAGUUGAUCAGAAACAGUGAAUCGGAUGUGCUGAUCAAGGACCUGUAUGUGGAGAACGCUCAGCUGCUCAAAGCCCUGGAGAAGACAGAGCAGCGGCAGAAAGUAGCAGAGAAGAAGAAUUUCCUUCUGGAGGAGAAGAUUUCUAGUCUGAACAAGAUUGUUCGUGACCUCGGCCCGUCCCCGUUGACCCCUGCGCCCUACCACUUUACUCGCUCCUGAUUACACACUUAUAUUAAAAGGGAUAGUUCACCCAAAAAUGAAAAUUACCUCAUUUAUUCUCUCUCGUUUGGCUUUAAAGAACACAGAUGCUGAUGUUUAUCAUAUAGGCAGGGGUGGAUUUAGUGAUUUGGGGGCCCUAGCAUUGAAACUCAGCACAUUCUCUUGCUCUAUAAACAUGUUUUGUUUUGUUUUUCAGCGGGAACCGCUCACAUCUCAUGCCUGUGCAGUACAGAAGGAAUAAUCCACUAUUGAAAAAAGCCCCAGGUUUUGAAAAGAAGUAAUAAAGUUAAAAUCUUAAUGGUUAUGUACAGAUUUCUUAUUAAUAUAUUACAAUAAAAUUUAUGGUAUAUGAUUAAUUUAGGCUUCUUGGCAUUGUUCGGGGCCCCUAAUUCCCCAGGGCCCUAAGCGGCUGCUUACCUCGCUUAUAGGUUAAGUCCGCCCCUGCCAAUAGGAAAGAAAUUCUCAUGAAAGUCAAUGGGUGCCAGCUACCAGCCUUUUUCUCAAUAUCUUUUUGUGAAGUGUAGGGUGAGUAAAUGAUGGCAGAGUUUUCAUUUUUAUGUGAACUUUCCCUUUAAUAUUCCCCUGUUAUGUUGUUUUUAAACAUUUAAAUCUCCUACAGGUUUACCUUCAUCUAAGGUAAAAAAGCACUUUAAUAUUCUCCUAAUACACAUUGCAACAUCAAAUCUGUUUUUCUCUGUGUCUGAAAAGGUUCGUUCAAUGAUUCAUUCUCUCUAAACCCCGCCUUUCUGAGACCCUGCCCUGCUCUGAUUGG